UCGUUUGAACUGUUAAUCAUUAUACAUAAAUAAAAAUUAUAUUAUAUAAAUUCACAAAACUUGGUAUAUAAAAUUGCCAAAUAUGUCUUAGAAAUAUCAAAACUGAAUCAAGUAUUUCACUGCAGCUGUUAACCCUUUUUCCUUUCCCAUCGUAUCACGUUCCAUCAAAUAAUCAUCAAGCUAUAAUUAUUAAAAUGUACUUGCGUCUUUUGGACUAUCCUUGUCUUUAACGAUAAUUUGUGUUUCCUAAAUGCGAGUCAACAGCAGAAUAGUAAGAUUGUACAACUUUUCGUCCCUGCAUCUCAUUUAGAAACACCAAGUUUUUAAAUCUCUGCGUUAUGAAUGUCUAAUAUGCUCUAGGCGGAGCUUAAGGUCUCAUUGGUCUCGAGAAAUCGUUAUUUUAAUGCACCAUGAGGCACAGUAUAUUUUAUUGUAUCCUUUGUAAAAUACUAGAAAGAGAUGUAAGCCUCAUUUACACUGUGAACGCGACUAAAACGAGAUCUCUCAUAUGACUGACGAAGCUUCUGCUCAUUGUUACCGGGAGCGUUCGCGAGAGUCCAGAACUCUGCGCGUGGACAGUCCAUGAGCUCGCGCUUGAGCGCUAGGUGGGCCCAGGCAGCUGCGUUGACUAUUAUGGGAGCCUUCUAGUUUAGUCAGUGUAGAUGGGGUGUAAUGGUUUAGUCCGAGGUGCGAACACCUUUGGGACUGAGCAUCUUUCCUGUCAUACGUAAGCGCGACUCUACACAGGGAUCCUCCCCGGUCAGGAUGCGCUCGUGACGGUGCGAUUAUGAUGCACGUCGUUUUUGAAACACAGGCAGUUGAGUAAACAAAUCAAUAGAAGCCGUGAUCAACAAGCGCAUUUCUGCAGUAAUGUAAAGAUGGCGAGACUGCUUCAUAACUUGCUGUUGUUGACAGUCGCGCUGACGCUGAAGAUCAGAGUUAUGGGAUACUGGUCUCUCAUCUAUGGAUAUUGCGCGCUAUGCACGGGCGUAGCGCUGCUCAAACUUGGCUGGAAUAUCAUCCUACGACCGUCAACAACCUUUCAGUGGACGGUUCGUGAGACACCCCCCGCGUGCCUGAAUGACACGUCCUUGGGAACCCACUGUUAUGUUAGAAUCAAGAAAGCAGUGACCAUGAGUGAACAUCAAUUCAGCACCAUUUGGGUGGACAGCAGUGUGAUCAGUUUCCCACAAAACGAUUGUCUGGACUUUGCUGUCCACCCGAGCAGUGCUGAAAACAUCUCCUUAGGCAGUCUCAAGAUAGCUGUGAUGAGAGCUUUGAACAUAGUGUUCAAAUGUGAGGAGUCUGGACUCAGAUUUCACUAUGUUGCUGCCGGGGAACGAGGAAAGCCACUUAUGCUGUUUCUGCAUGGAUUCCCUGAGUUUUGGUUCUCUUGGCGUCACCAGCUGAGGGAAUUUAAGAGCGAGUUCCGUGUUGUUGCCGUGGAUAUGCGAGGCUAUGGGGAGUCUGACCUGCCCUCCUCCACUGAGAGCUACCGACUGGACUACCUUGUCACUGACAUCAAGGACAUUGUGGAGUAUCUGGGAUACAACAGAUGUUUUCUCGUGGGGCAUGACUGGGGUGGCAUCAUCGCAUGGCUCUGUGCAAUUCACUACCCUGAAAUGGUGACUAAACUCAUAGUGCUGAACAGUCCUCACCCCUGUGUGUUUACUGAUUAUGCCCUUCGUCACCCCAGUCAGAUGCUCAAGUCAAGUUACUACUUUUUCUUCCAGUUGCCACAUUUCCCAGAGCUAAUGCUCUCCAUCAAUGAUUUUAAGGCGCUGAAGAGUCUAUUCACCAGCCGCAGCACAGGCAUCAGUUGUAAAGGCCGCUGGCUCACCACAGAAGACAUUGAAGCAUACCUGUAUGCCCUCUCACAGCCAGGGGCCCUCACAGGGGCUCUUAACUACUUUAGAAAUGUCUUCAGUGUCCUCCCACUGAGUCAGAGUGAGGUGAAGUCUCCUGUAUUACUGCUGUGGGGAGAGAGAGAUGCCUUCCUGGAGCAGGACAUGGCCGAGGCCUGCCGUCUGUACAUCAGAAAUCACUUCCGCCUCAAUAUUAUCUCUGGAGCCAGUCACUGGCUGCAACAAGACCAGCCCGACAUAGUCAAUACACUCAUAUGGACUUUCAUUAAGGAGGGAGAAGGCCGGAAAAGCUACAGGAACUUAUAAUGGAGUCCUUCCUCCUCUGAGCUUGUCUGAAGAGACAACCAGGGAAAUGCCUGUGAACACAAACCAAUGUAAUGAUUAAUGCAAUCAUCAAUUUAAAUUUGAUACAUUUAAGAUAUAGAAACAAAUCAAACUUCAGUGAAGCGGAAAAGAACAAAAGCACAUUUAAAUUGGAGGGGUUGCAUAGAGAGUAGUACGUUUAAUCUAUUUUUCUCAAGUUUGCACAUGACAUUCGCCUUAAGGUUUCUUGGUGACAGUGUUUAAAAGUGUGUUGCAAAAUAUCUGUAAGUUGUAAUGUGUGGUGCCUUUCAACAUACCAUUUUGCAGCAUAAAAGAUGUGCCAUGACUUUUUAAGACCGAGCUGUGGGGUUGUCAGCCAUUUGUAUCAUCAGUUUUGCUACUCUUAAACACGUGACAGUCUUCAGGUAGUGUUGUCUAAGUGGAAAAUAUUGUUCCUCUUCUUUUUUUGUAUUUUUGACAAUAUUUGGCUUAAACAUUUGAGAAUGUCAUUAUUUUGAUCCUCCUGUAUGAUAAAACAAAGUGAUGUUUCAAUAUUGUACACUUUUUUUGUAUCUCUUCUCCUAAACACUGCAUCUAAGACAAUAGAACCAGCUCUGCACCAUUUUGAUUUUAUAAGCAAAUAAACAGGCCCUAAUAUUGGGAACCCACUCACUUGAA